UUAUAUGAAAUAAUUUAUAAAAAGCAACUAAGCAAUUUGUAGAAUGGCUGUAUACCUGAAUUUAUCCUAGGUGUAUCUGGGACUUCAUUCGGAUGCGUGGCCCUAUAAUGCCUCAGCAUUGAGGAGGUGAAUUUAUUUAAAUAAGACAGUUCUGUCAAACAUAUGUAAGAUCCGAUGUAAGAUCAAAAUCGUCCCACACUGCGGAAAACUUUCGUUUGCCUUGCUAUUUACAUUCGAGUGAGGUUUUCACACCCUUUUGUGUGUAUAAUGUCUAGGAUAAAUGCGGUUCACUUUCAUUGUUUACCUUUAGACAACAUAGGUAACAUAACAUAACUUGUUGUAAAAGAUAAAGAAUCGUUUUGGCAAAUGCAUCCUGUUGACAGAUUCGCUUCCUUAUAAACACAGUUUGGAGCGUCAGCGUCAUGUCAAAACAGUUGCUGUAUCGGUCACGUGACUUGCUGAAAUCAAUACACGCACCGACACGGGUUUUGGUCUAUGGGCUUGAUGCAUGCGCCGACGCAUCGGUGUUGCCGGACCCAUCACUACUCGUUGCACUAUAGCUUAUUUUUGUUAGAAAAUCUAAAUUAUAGUGUGGUCAUAGGUAAACGCCACUGCGUUGCUCUCCUCCUCCUUGUCCUGCGAGUGUGCGUGCACGCGCGCGCGCGUUUGUGUGGAUCUGCAGGUAAGUAAUUAACGUUCAUUUUCAUCUCGAGUUUAUUGCAGUGUUUUUUGAAACUGUACCGCUGCUGGUUUUUGUCUUCCGGAUUUCUGCACGCACACCUGUCUGGUACCCAGACUAUGGUGACGGUCACUCGCCUCAAUUGAAGUUUUGUUGGGGUGCGGCAUCGGCCCACCCAGUUCGCUUCCUGCUGUUCCGUGGCCAGUGGGCCACACCUGGGGCCUCAUGCAUAAAACAAUGCGCAGUUUUCACACUAAAACUUGGCGUACGGAAAAAUUUAGAAAAGUGCGGCACACAAAAAAAUCCGGAUGCAUAAAGCCGUGUGCACGCACGUAGCUGCACACCUUUCCUUUAUGGAUCCCAAUUUGCGCACAGAACAAUUAUUUGAGAUAAAAACUGAGGAAAAGUACUAUUUACAUUUGAGUGAGGUUUUCAUAUCUUUUUAUGUUUAUUUUCUUUUGUGUGCGUGUUAGGUUUUUGUCUGAGGAAAAAUGUGGUUCACUUUCAUCUUUUUACAUUUAAGCAAUAAAAUAUUAAAAUCAUGAAAACAUCGAGUUUGAAAUUUCCUGGUUGAAUGCAGUUAACAUUGAAUGCAGUCAGAGUUCAGUCUAUUUAGGUGAGUUUUGACGCUUUGUAGUUUGAUAUUGUCUACAGAAAAAGUGUGCGUAUAUUUACGCAAACUUUGAGCAAAGUUCAUUUUUAUACAUGCCGACUUGUGCGUAAAUUAUGGCGCCGCACAUUUUUUUGUGCGCAGGCACGCUUUAUGAAUGAGGCCCAUAGUCUGGAUAUUUGAACUUGUAUUUUCUAUUUCUUUUUUUAGUAUCUUGUUUCAUUUACAGCUCUUUUGAUUCUUAUUUGGGCUGUCAUUGUUUUUCUAUUAUCUUAGGCAGGGUUGUAACAUGCAUUAAUUGUCUUUUCUGUUUGCAGUUGCUGAGGCGGUGGUGCUGGUGUGGUGAGGGUGUCUUCCUCUUCUGUGUGAUGCCAUGGUGUUUUAAAGGGUUUUUUGUUUUGCUGUGUGUGGUGGAUGCAGUUCCUUGCCAUUGGUCCCUUGUACUUGUAACCUCAGCUACUGUGGGUUUUCUUCUGUUUUCUUUUAUAGAGAAUGAUGUUUUUAAAAAUAUUUUAAAAUAGAAUUUAAUAAAUCGCUUUGAGAAUCCAAGUCCAACUACCUGCAUAUCUGAACUUGUGUGCCUUUAAAAGAAGGUAAUAUUCCAAGGGUGGUGUUGUUGAACUACUUAUUUCUUUGGGUCCAAAACUGAAGUUGCAUAAUAUUCCUGAGUUCCAUCUAGUGUUGCCACACAUGCACACAAUUAAUCAUCUUAAAAAAAUAAUCAAACCUGACGUGUUUUUAGUUAAUCUGCUGAUCCAUGUAAGAUAGUGUGGUCAAGGAUCCACAAGGUGAACAAAAACAAACAGCACCAGCCACCAGUUUCAGAGUAUUCCAAUUAAUUUUAUUUGCUUCUUAACUUUCUGACAACCAUCCUCUCUCCUUGAGCUUCCAAAAAACCACUGUUUUAAUAGCCAAUUGGCAACACACCUGCACAUGAGUGGACCAAGCCACAAUUAAACAGGUAAAAAACAAACAAACAAACAAAAAAGAAAGUCUAAACAAGAAUAAUAUUAUUAAUCUAAUGUACAAACUCAUCUACAUAAUGAAAUAGUCUACAAAAUAAACCCUGUAAUACAAGAUAACUCAAAAGUUAUUUUAAAGAAAAACAAACAAAGCAAUACUAUAAAGAAAACCCUCUAAUUGGUAGAACCCAGCAAGGUACUCAGUGACAUCAUCCAGCCAUUUAAGCAGGAAAUACUGGGCCGGCCCCUCCCAUACUACUGACCUGCAGAUCUACAAGGGACAACAAUGGUAAGUAAAAAGGAACACAAAUACCAUGAAUAUACUUUGAAACAAAAUAAACACGUUCAACCAAUAGUCCAGAAGUAGUAGCUUUAAACUAAACAUAUAAAUAGAUGGAAACUGCAACAUAAUGCUAACACAAACAAACCCGGGAUAGUAAGUGAAGCAAAGUUGCAAACUAAUGUUUAAAUUUAAGCAUUAUGACCAGCUACAGAAAGUAAAUGUAUCAGAAAUAAGAAUAAGGAACAAGUGGUGAACACAAACUGAACCACUUUGUCACAAUCCAACCCAGCUUUUUCUUUUUCAGUGAGAAUAAAAUUACCCUGCAGAUGCAUUACAUGUGCUUUGCCACACAGACAAGGAGUUACAUCUUUGAGACAAAAACUGAGGAAAGUUAUUUACAUUCGAGUGAGGUUUUCACACCCUUUUGUGUGUAUAAUGUCUAGGAUAAAUGCGGUUCACUUUCAUUGUUUACCUUGAGACAACAUAGGUAACAUAACAUUACCUUUAGAUGCUCCUUCUUUCCGCUAAGAACAGAAACGUGUCUGUUUUCUGAAAACUAAAGUUUUGUAUUGUUGCUAAUCAUGUUCAUGCCUGUACCAUGAACACCUUUUAUAUUGUAAUAAACAUCAAAAAUAAUUUGCCAUCGAUUUCUUUUUCCUACUUUGUUUUCUUAUACCACCAGUUGGCCAUCAACAAAGCGUAACCAGUGACAAAUGUUGGUGUUCCACUAGUCCACUAGUGUGAUGGGCAUGUAGGCUCAGCAAGAUGGUCGAUUUACCCACUAUUUGUCUAUAUUUCCUUGAAUGAUGUGACCUUUUAUUGAACAUGCUGGCAAUAAAAGAGAAUGAAGAAGAAAUAAAAUGUCAUGAUUUUGCAGAGAUUCUUGCCAUGAAACUAUCAUUGAAUAAGGCUGAAUGCAAAGUAACAAUUAUGUUCAAAACAUUUGGUGAGAAUAUUGUGGAAUAAAAACAAGAAAAAAUGAAAGUAUUACUACACUUAUAAAAACUAUCAGGCACAGGUCAAGAUGCUUAAAGUAACUGGAAAACAAUGUAAGCUUGUAUGAUCACUGCAUUCUGCUUCCAUUUAUUUUGUUUCAUGGAUAUUAACUAGAAAAGACGGAGCUUAAAAAGCAUUGAACAGGUUGGCAAUUGCUAUAACUGAAAUAAAACGUAUACAAUUUUUGAAAAACAUAAGAUUAGAAGGGGAAAAAUCAAUUGCUUCCUGAUAAGUUUCGGUCUCCCUUGUAGUCCAGCAGGUGGCACUACUGCACAUUAUAGUUGGUAUCACAUUUGUAUUAAGACGCCAGAAUAAGAAAAGGAAAUUGACCAUGGUCCUGGGAGCAGACGAAACCUCAGUCUAAGAUAAUAUUUUUCAACUGUAUGGCUGAGUGUUACUGCAGGAUCAUCAGGUCUGAUUCGGUACCGGUCCACGCGACUCAGAGAGGUCUGACUUCGGCUCUUCGUGUCUUUGCGGAACUGAAGGACCAUGUCGGCCCACAAAACAAAGAAGGUUAAAAUGGCAACUAAAUCCUGUCCUGAAUGUGACCAACAGAUUCCAGUUGCCUGCAAGUCCUGUCCAUGUGGUUAUGUAUUUAUCAGCAGAAAACUUCUAAAUGCAAAACUCAGCGAAUGUUCUUCACCAGCUAUUACAGACAAACUGGACUUCAAGCGCAGAAGAACAGAGCGCAUUCGCAGAGAGAGGAUUGGCUCUCCUCUAACCAGUGACUCAGAAAACCACAGAAGAUCCCGAGCCAACAGUCAGUCAGAUACCAUCCGUAGAGGCCGUGGUCGCCCAAAGACUGUGGGCCUGAAGAAACAAGAAGAAGAGAAGGGGGGUCUAUAA